CCUGAGCUGGCUCGUCACGUGCAUGCUUUACCUGCGCUCAAACCUAAAGCAGGCGCCGCCAGCGGCACCGGGAGGCCCGAGCUCCUCUCGGUGAACAAUGACAAAUAUUGCGAACGCCGCGCCCACGCGCCACGGCCCAGGGCAGGGCGUUUUGAGCUUCCUUUGGGUUUGGCACCAGAGAACAGUUUGUACGACACAGGCUUGUGUUUCAGUCU